UGAAAUACGUUUGGUUACAAUAUGAAUGAAAAUACGCAAAAAUACAGCAUCUGGUAUCGCGUUGAAUUUUCCCCACUAGCUCUCUGUACUUCGGGUUGUUUCAGCCCGUACAUCCUCCGUAAUGACAGUCGGAGCCAUUUGUCCCGCCCUUUAUCAUCGGGAAACGACCAAUCACCGCACUGAGGAAUCCCUGUGGGGUGACGUUCCAAGUACUAUGGGCAUGCGCACGUCACUUUUCGAGCUCCAUAGCUCGUAGCUGUGUGAAGAUGGCGGAAGGCUCCGAUCUUCUCGAUGAGGUUUUCUUUAACACUGAGGUGGACGAGGAAGUAGUUAGUAAUCUUGUGGGGUCUCUUGAGUCCGAGCUUUCGGGCUGGGUUCACGGGAACCCUUGGGUAAGGUGUCAGACAGUCGUUAAACACAGUUCCGGGACAGGGGGUAAUUCUAAUGUCCAGCAGAGCAAACGGGGACUUGCUCAAGGGGUUGCAAAAGCAGGUAUGCUGUGUUAACGUUGUUUUGCGUUUUGUUUCGAAGUGUAAACGAAAGCAAGCGCUAGUUUAUCUUGAGAGUACCUACUAAGUAUUGUUUCGCCCCGUUCUGUCACGCUUAUUUCCGCUCCAUAAUGGACUGGAGUGCAAUGGGGUGUGAUUAGUAAUACGAGGUCCCAGAGUUCAGCUAUGGAUGCCUCAUCGGCUGAGUCGGACUCUUCGGCCGGGCACGGCCAAAGCAAUACAGUUGCGGUCAGUGCCAAUAUAAUAGCUCCACUCCCAAACCACGGGGGAAAAGUAGGCACUUCCGCACCUCAAACUUUAAAUGGAGGGAAUAUAAUGAACUUUCACAAUUCAGGAAGCGCAGUUUCCCUCACGGGUUCACUGUCCAGUAGUUGCACGAGUAGCGGCAGUACCUCGAUUGCUGUCACAGUUGUCAACAAUGGGCCGGGGUUGUCAAAUGAACAUUCGAGUGCAGAAAUGUCAACCUCGUCGAACACUGUAAUUCAGACAUCUUUCGUUAACUCUCGUAAUGUUGUCACCACGUCCCAGGCUGCGAGUCUGGCCACUGGACCGACUGUAACACUCGUGAGGCCGUCUAUGCAAACUGCGGGAGCGGGUACGUCGUUGAAUGGGAAUACUAACACGGGAUUGCCUGCGGCUGUCAAUGUUGCGUGUCAGGCCAUCACCACAACAGCACCCGGCAUGGCCAUACAAACUUCUUUGUUGAACAAUGGUCAGUCGCCCUCGUCUGUGGCUGUCAGUGCAACAUCGCACAUCAUUAAGGCAGAAGCGCCUAAAACAAUCAUACAGACAGCCCCUGGUGUUGUAACAAACCCAUCGUUCCAGAGCGCACCUAGGACUCCAACUCCGGUGACAGUGGCUGCCAACCCGGGAGCGAUCCGAGCCAUCGCGCCACAGGUGUUGGCCCCUCGGCUCCCCCAAACAUCCCCAAAUCAGCCCAACGUGCAGAACAUUCAGCUUCCCCCAGGAAUGGUCCUAGUGCGCAGUGAGAGUGGGCAGCUGUUGAUGAUCCACCAGCAGACCCUGGCUCAGAUGCAGGCCCAGUCUCAUUCCCAGGGAGCCAUGGCCCCGCGUCCUGCCACACCGACCAGUACUGCUCAAGUCCAGAUCACUUCAGUCCAGGCUCCGGGGACCCCCAUCCUCAGCAGGCAGUUGGCCCCCACCUCCACCACCAUCAUCAAGCAGGGCAUGUCGGUGCCAACUUGUGCCCCCAUCACCACCACACUCCAGAGGCCACCUGUCCUCCAGGUACAGAGUCCUGUGGUUGUGGGCGGGGCUGCUACAGUCACUUCCCUGGGGACAACACAAGCUGGAUCUACCCAGAGGACUGCCACUGCAUCACCCCGGACCACUGCCACCUUGGCAACGGAGACAAUGGAGAAUGUAAAGAAAUGCAAGAACUUCCUGUCUACAUUAAUCAAGCUGGCAUCCAGCGGGAAGCAGUCCGAGGAGACCGUCACUAAUGUUAAAGACCUGGUCAAAGAUCUCCUGGAGGGGAAGAUUGAAGCGGAGGACUUCACCAGCAGGUUAUACAGAGAGCUCAACUCCUCACCUCAGCCUUACCUUGUGCCUUUCCUCAAGAGGAGCCUCCCAGCACUGCGCAAGCUAACUCCUGACUCAGCACGGUUCAUUGAGCAGAGUGGGCUUCAGCAGCAGACCUCUGCUCCCACGCCCCAGACGGUGGUCUUGGGCAGCCCGCCCCCACGCCCCGCAGCCCCAUCAAUGAUACCAAACCUCCAACCGGUCAACAGCAAACAGGGCCAGCCCGCCUCACUGGUGCUCCAGCCUCAGCAGCAGGGGGCGAUGGUGAGGCCUCUUCAGAUGACUCCCAUGGUGACCCUCAGGGGUCAGCACCCCCAUAGCCGCAUCGUGCUGGGACAGCCACAGGUCAAACGGCUACCGAUGGUCCCAAUGGUCAAGCCAGGAGUGUUGUCUGGAUCCAAGUUGUCUUCUGGUGCUGCCUCUCCAGCCACUGCUGUUCAGCAGAACAAGCUAAAGGAAGCUGGGGGCACGUUCAGGGACGAUGACGACAUCAAUGACGUGGCGUCCAUGGCCGGAGUAAACCUGUCAGAGGAGAGUGCCCGUAUCCUGGCGACCAACUCUGAGCUGGUGGGAGCGGUGACCCGCUCCUGUAAGGACGAAGCCUUCCUCCAUGCAUCCGCGCUGACCAGGAGAAUACUGGAGAUGGGUAAGAAGUUUGGUGUGAGUGAUCUGGGGCCGGAGGUUGUGAGCUACGUCUCUCAUGCCACCCAGACAAGGCUAACCAACCUGCUGGAAAAGGUUUCUGAGGUGGCCCAGCAGAGGAACAUCAAUUUAAAGGAGGACAGUCGAUAUGAACAGACCAGCGACGUGCGUGCCCAGCUCAAGUUCUUUGAGCAGCUGGAUCAGAUGGAGAAACAGAGGAGGGAGGAGCAACAGAGAGAGAUUCUGAUGAAGGCAGCAAAGUCUCGUUCCCGACAAGAAGACCCUGAGCAGCUGCGGUUGAAACAGAAGGCCAAAGAGAUGCAGCAACAGGAGCUGUUUCAGUUGCGACAGAAGGAGGCUAAUCUGACGGCGUUGGCAGCCAUCGGCCCCAGGAAGAAGAGGAGAACAGAGGCCGCGGCUGCUGCAGCUGGAGCUGAGGGCUCAGGGUCCAGUCCCUCUGCAUCUGGCAGUGGUAGUUCAGGAGCCUCCAGACAGUUUGUCCGGCAGCGCAUCACGCGUGUCAAUCUCAGGGACCUGCUCUUCUGUCUGGAGAACGAGAGGGACACCAGUCACUCCCACCUCCUUUACAGAGGCUUCCUCAAAUAGACUGAGCGGAAAGCGGGGACGCUGUCCUCCACUACAGAGACCCCUCUAAAGACAGGGCUGUCAGUGGAAACAAAGGGCUCCACCCUCAAAUCGGACAGGAGGGACGGGACAUUGAUACAAUGAUGUCAAGAAUCUCCGGGCCACAGUGAACGAACCUUUUGGCUCCACUGGAAGGCUCUGGUCGUUCUGCCGUUCCUUAUCCAGGUCGAUGCCUGCUCCUUCUGCUCCUUCUGCUCCUUCACCCAGACCCCAGCUGGGACUCACGGACGGACUAGCAGUUUUUUUUUUUUUUAUUGACUUUGUUUUAGAGUCCCCUUUUAAUUAAGGCAUAAAGAGAUACAUAUACAUUAUAUUAUUAUACAUUUUAUCUGGAGAGCAGUUUUGUAGUGUGCAAAUGACCCAUUGUACAAAUGAAAAGUAAUUACAGUCAAUUUAUUUUGAAAGUGUUUGUUUAAAAAAAGAAAAGAAAAAAAGAAGAAAAAAAUAGAAAUCUGCAGCCUUUCUAGCGGUGGUUAUGAAUAUUAAUGAUCCUCAUUUUCUGAUGGCUGUUUUAUUGGCCUUUGAAUUAGUUUGAACACGUUCUGAUUAAUGCUUGUCAUUUACUGAGUUGCCUUCUUGAAAAAAGCCAUAUAAUUGUAUCUAAUCUUGAACAGCACAACAAUCUAGUGAUUCCUUCUGAAAUGUUUCCCUCUUUUGUUGGUAACUUCUUGGAUUCAAUGUCUUGUAUUUAUAUAUUGUUAUCAACUCAAAAAAAGCUUUUGAUUUAAUCUGCGUGUGUUGAAAUCAUCUCCAUUCUGCAUGGAUUAGGCGUGAACAUCUCUGUUGGAUGCAAACCACAGUCACAACAAUAUUCUGAUCUAAUUGUUUAAUACUUUCCUUACAGCAUUUUGGUCAUUUUUUAUUACUUGAAGUGAUAAAAUAUUGGAUUUCAGCAAUGGCAAAACUAUUCUAAAACUGAGAAAAACUUUUGGCACCACAGUAAGACUGGAGUCUGGCCUAUGGAAAUGAUCCUCCAGAGACAUCAUGCACAUAGGAACAUUUCAGAGAUUUCUUCUUAAGCACUGCAUGGGUUCUACAACAAUCUUUUUAAAUAAUAUAUUAGACAGAUUCAUUUUCUAUUCUAACCUCCACAAAAAGCUAACUUUGAAUUUUUUCCUAGUGAAAUGCUGAUUCUGAUGAUAUUUUCAGUGUGGUAUAUUGGGAACGUUAUGAUAUUUAAAGCUUUUUUCUCUGCUUAAUAAUCUAGGUUUCUGUUCCGAUGUUUUUCUCGACAGCCCUAGCUAGAGCUCUGUGGUAUACUUCCUCCAAUGCUUUGAUUUGAAAUGCAGACGUUUCUGUACCUAUUACUUUUCAUAUUUGUCUCUUACAGAGAAAAACAAAGGGGGGCCCGGAAGCACAGCAUGUGAACCUUAGUUCCUGUACAUUUUGCACACUUGUUCAUAUGUAAAUAUUUUACUUAAAGUUUUUAAAUGCAAUGGUUUUGUAUAGGAUUGAAAGAGAAUAAACUCCUUCAAUAAAAGUGAGAACAGAUCUUUUUGUUGAGCCAUUUUUCUAGUCCAAAUCACUAGUCACUGGUAGGGUUCCUAACCCAAGGGAAGUAGUUCCACUGCUUUCUCAUUCAACCUGUAUUUACUUACAUUCACCUGGUGUACCAGGUCUAAAUCAACCCCUGAUUAGAGGGCUCGACUGAAAACCACUGUACAUGGAGUAGAGAUAGCAAUAUAGAAUUAUGGCUUUCCAUGCAGCUCUAUUUAAUGAAAUGUCCUAACUGGCGUUUAGGUAAUCCUAUUCGUC